ACAUCCUCCUUUUCUAUUAAAGAUUGGAACACGCCGGGGUUAAGAACAUACCGGUAGAAAAAGGAGAAGAGGUUAGCAGGUGUAGAAGAACCAACAGGUAUGUGUUUUUAGGAGAGAGUAUAUCAGUAUACUAGGAACUAUGAAUUCAAGCCCAAUCUUGGUCAAACAACCCUUUCAAAAAGUCGAUCAGUAACCUAACUAGUGUGGCGCGGUGGAAGCGCACGUGAUUGGCAACGCCGAGGUCAAAUUUUUACCAGAACACAUUUUUGUUUAAAACUUGUAUAAGUUUUUGAAUAUGUUGUUAUUAUUAUUAUUUUCAUUUCACAGUACACGUCUCUGCAUUUCAACAUUUUUUUUUUUUCGGAAGAACAAAGACCGGACAUGAUGUAUCGAUCUAUCGGACAUGCUUUGUCCAGCUUGUAUUGAGAGUUUUACAUAUGAAUGACUACAUGUAUUGUAUGGCUCAAGCUUCUUUCAAGGUGAUCCAAACUAAAUCCAGUACAAAUAAAUUCUUGCUCCUUUGUUUCUAUAAAUCUCGAGAAUCCAACGCGGUCAGCAUGGAGGUAACCUAUUCGUUUAUUAAUUGAUCAGCGAUUCACUGUCGGAUCCCAAAGAAGGGCAUUCCUGUCAACAAGGGAAUAAAGUCUAUAUGUAUUCUGUGUCGGGGUUAAAAUACUGGAAUGCAUAUAAACUAAGGAACAAAAUCUUGAAAAGUGGAAAAAAUAUGACUGUUGAUUGAAUUUUGUGAAAGUACAUAAACUUUAUUGAGUAAUUCCAUCAAGUCACAAUUGUGUGCAAUCCUUAUCUAUGGAUCUUGUGCAUACCGCAUGACUGCCUUGCCACAGUGCAAUAAUUAACAAUGAUAAAUCUCUAGUAAUAACAGGGUGUUAACGAAGUUUCUAAAGAAUGAUAUUGAGUACAAACCACAAGAGUGUAUAUAGUAUUGGAGCAUACAACUUUCUUGGUUUUGCUGACAAAGACUUUUUUUUCUAGCAACAUGAGCAAAACAACACAAGCCGUUGGGAUCGAUCUGGGAACCACAUACUCUUGUGUAGGAGUGUUCCAACACGGCAAAGUUGAGAUCAUCGCAAAUGACCAGGGAAACAGAACUACCCCUAGUUAUGUUGCAUUCACAGACACCGAACGGCUGAUCGGAGAUGCUGCCAAAAACCAGGUUGCAAUGAACCCAACCAACACAAUCUUCGAUGCUAAGCGAUUGAUUGGCAGGAAGUUCAACGAUGCAUCUGUGCAGUCCGACAUGAAACACUGGCCUUUCACUAUCAUCAACGAUGGAACUAAACCAAAAAUCAAAGUCGACUACAAAGGGGAGGAGAAGACAUUCUCUGCUGAAGAAGUCUCAUCCAUGGUUCUCAACAAAAUGAAGGAAACUGCAGAGGCCUACCUUGGCAAGACAAUCACAAAUGCCGUGGUCACAGUCCCCGCCUACUUUAACGACUCACAGCGACAGGCUACAAAAGAUGCUGGUACCAUUUCUGGAUUGAAUGUCCUGCGUAUCAUCAAUGAGCCUACAGCGGCUGCCAUUGCUUACGGUCUCGACAAGAAAGUUGGAAACCAGUCGGCAGGAGAGCGUAAUGUUCUUAUCUUUGACCUGGGAGGUGGUACCUUUGAUGUCUCUAUCCUGACCAUUGAGGAUGGAAUCUUCGAAGUCAAAUCUACAUCUGGAGAUACUCACUUGGGUGGGGAAGAUUUUGACAACAGAAUGGUGAACCACUUCAUCCAAGAAUUCAAACGUAAACACAAGAAAGACAUAUCAGACAACAAACGAGCAGUUCGACGUCUUCGCACAGCCUGCGAGAGAGCAAAGAGAACCCUUUCCUCCAGCUCCCAAGCCAGUAUUGAGAUUGACUCCCUGUUUGAGGGCAUCGACUUCUACACCAGCAUCACAAGGGCUAGGUUUGAGGAGCUGAAUGCUGAUCUUUUCCGAGGCACCAUGGAGCCUGUAGAAAAGGCUCUUAGGGACGCCAAGCUGGAUAAAGCUACGAUCCACGACAUUGUACUGGUAGGAGGGUCCACUCGUAUUCCAAAAAUUCAGAAACUCCUACAGGACUUCUUCAAUGGCAAAGAGCUGAACAAAUCCAUCAACCCCGACGAGGCUGUCGCCUAUGGUGCAGCUGUCCAGGCUGCUAUUCUGUCAGGAGAUAAGUCCGAGGAGGUGCAGGAUCUCCUGUUGUUGGACGUCACUCCUUUGUCCCUUGGAAUUGAGACAGCCGGAGGAGUCAUGACCAGCCUCAUCAAGAGGAACACCACCAUUCCAACCAAACAGACGCAGACCUUCACCACCUACUCCGACAACCAGCCCGGUGUGUUGAUCCAGGUGUACGAGGGUGAGAGAGCAAUGACCAAAGACAACAACAUACUGGGAAAGUUCGAGCUGACUGGCAUCCCCCCAGCACCACGUGGGGUUCCUCAGAUCGAGGUCACCUUUGACAUUGAUGCCAAUGGUAUCCUGAAUGUGUCUGCGGCUGACAAGAGCACAGGGAAAGAAAAUAAGAUUACCAUUACUAAUGACAAAGGUCGUCUCAGCAAAGAUGAAAUUGACCGCAUGGUUAACGAUGCCGAGAAGUACAAACAGGAAGACGAAAAACAACGAGAGAGAAUUGCAGCAAAGAAUGGCCUGGAAAGCUACGCGUUCAAUAUGAAAUCCACUGUUGAUGAUGAGAAACUGAAAGAUAAAGUUAGUGAGAGCGACAAGAAAACAAUCCUUGACAAAUGUGAUGAAAUUAUCAAGUGGAUGGAUCAGAACCAGCUUGCUGAGAAGGAAGAAUUCGAGGACAAACAGAAAGAGUUGGAGGGAGUCUGCAACCCAAUCAUCACCAAGCUGUAUCAGGCGGCUGGCGGUGCCCCAGGGGGUGGCAUGCCAGGAGGUAUGCCCAACUUCGGUGGCGGUGCCCCAGGAGGUGGAGCCGAUGGUGCUCCUGGUGGUGGUAGCGGCGGUGGCCCAACCAUUGAAGAGGUUGAUUAAGAAGUUAUUACUACUGCAUAAUGAAAACCAUGAGACUAUUGUCAACUGUAUAGUCCCAUUUGUUGUGUAAAGUUGCUUUGACUUUAUAUGCUCAUGUUGAAAAAGUUGCUAACUUCAGAACAAAACUUAAACAAGUAAAAACUUU